AUGACGCAGAAUUCGUUAUCAAGCCUGGCUUCAUUAGAUGAUGAGGCCUAUAAUCCUAACCCACUUACAGAAAAUUACGUCAACGAUGCACAAUCAGAAUUAUCACCAAUUAAUUCGAGAUAUACUACUACAUCAGAUAGGAAAUCAUUGAGAAUGAGUAGAAGUGAGACUAGAAAAUCAUUACAAGAUUUAGGUUUAUCAUCGGAAAUACCUACCCCCGAUCUUGUACAUCCUCCAGUGGAGGAUCCUAUCUUUCCAGAAGAAUACACAUUAGAAACAGAUACAGGUUUAGUGCAGGUACAAACAUUGCAAUCAUUGGGUAGACGGAAAACGAUGGAAUCCGGCCAUCAUUUGCAUGUAAUAAAUUCAGAAGAUUCAUCGAGUAAAGAGAAACUGGAAGCUUCCGACCUUAAUUCAAGCCCAGAGAAAGUAUUAGAUCCAGAGAUAGAGUUUGUGACAUUUACCAUUGGGGAUCCUGAGAAUCCCCAUAACUGGCCUAUGUGGGUCAAAUGGUCUUAUACGGCCUUGUUUUCUAUAUUCGUCAUUUGUGCUGCAUACGGGUCCUCAUGUUUAGCUACUGGAUUACCCACUAUUAAUGAGAAAUUUGGUGUUUCCACCGAAGUUUCUACAUUAUCAGUGUCCUUAUUUGUCAUUGGUUUCGGAGUGGGUUCCAUGUUUUGGUCUCCUCUUUCUGAACAACCAAGGUUUGGAAGAAGAAUAGUUUACUUCGUUUCAUUUGGACUUUAUGUGAUAUUCAAUAUUCCCUGCGCUUUAGCAAAGAACAUCGGUACUGUCUUGGUUUGCAGAUUCUUAUGUGGUGUGUUCUCAUCUUCUGCUUUGGCAAAUGUAGGUGCCAGUUUAGUUGAUAUGCAUAACGAUACAAGAGGUUUGGCAAUCGCAUUUUUCAGUUUCUGCCCCUAUUCUGGACCUGUUUUAGGUGGUAUUGUCAAUGGUUUCAUCAGUGUCAAUACAGGAAGAUACGAGUUAAUGGUUUGGGUGAACAUGGCAUUUGCAGGAGUAAUGUGGAUUAUCAUUUCAUUUAUUCCAGAAACAUAUGCACCUACCAUAUUAAGAAAUAGGGCUGCAAAAUUAAGAAAGGAAACUGGUAAUCCAAAAAUUAUGACAGAACAAGAGGCAACCCCAAUGGCAUUCAAGGAAGUUGUUAAUACUCAUUUAUUACGUCCAAUCAAGUUUAUUGUUCAAGAACCUACUUUAGUAAUAGUGUGUGGUUACGUGAUGUUGAUUUAUUCAUUGCUUUACGCAUUUUUCUUUGCAUAUCCUGUUAUUUUCAACACUUUGUACGGAUAUAAAGAUGAUAAAAUUGGAUUAAUGUUUAUUCCAAUCUUGAUUGGAGCUGGUUUAGCAGUUAUGACGACAGUUAUUUUGGAAAAAAAUUAUAAAAAGAUUUGCAUGAGAAGAACACCAACUCCAGAAGAUAGAUUAAUUGGUGCUAUGAUCGGAUCUCCAUUCCCAUGUAUUGCCUUAUUUAUUUUAGGAGCUACUUCGUAUAAACACAUUAUUUGGGUCGGGCCAGCUUCAUCUGGUAUCGCUUUUGGGUAUGGAAUGGUGCUUAUUUACUAUUCUUUAAACAACUACAUUAUAGAUACAUACGCCAAGGUGGUAGCUUCUGCCUUAGGAACUAAAGUUAUAACUCGUCUGUGUGGUGGUGCAGCGUUCCCAUUAUUCAUUACCCAAAUGUAUAACGGUUUAGGAUUGCAGUGGGCCAGUUGGUUACUUGCAUUUGUUUCGUUGGCAAUGGUGUUAAUUCCAUUUUUAUUUUACGCAUAUGGUAAGGUCUUGAGAGCUAAGUUAUGUAAACAAGACUAUUCAGCCGUACAUCAUUAA